AUGAAUUCAUCAUAUGGUAAAACUAUUCAAAAACCCAUUAAAUCUGAUCUUGUAUAUAAACAAAUAUCUGUUAAAAAUAAGAAAGGAGAUAUUCAGUAUGAUGCUGAUAGAUAUUUAAGAAAGAAUUCAUUAUUAGUUAAAUCAUUUUAUGAUGUUGCUGAAAAUAUUAGAUGUUUUGAAUGUAAUAAAAGUUUUGAUGAUUUCUUUGUACCAAAUCUUAUUGGUGUUCAAACUCUUACUAUGUCAAAACGAAUUAUGAAUGAAGUUAUGUGUUUAGCAGAAGAUCUCAAUAUUCCAAUUUAUUAUCAAGAUACUGAUUCUAUGCAUAUUUUAAAAUCAAGAAUUAACGAAUUAGAAGAUGAAUAUUAUAAGAAAUAUAAUAGAGUACUUAGAGGUUCUGAUAUGGGUCAAUUCCAUCCAGAUUUUGAUGAAUUAUCUGGUGAUGUAACUAGUAUUGAAUCUUACUUCUUAGGUAAAAAGGCUUAUUGUGAUAAAUUAACUAAUGAAAAUAAUGAAAUAGAACAUCAUCUUAGAUUAAAAGGUAUACCUAAUAAUUUAUUAAAUUGUCAAUAUGAAGAUCCGUUAGAAUUAUAUAAGAAACUAUAUGAUGGAGAAUCGUUUAAUUUUAAUCUUUUACAACUUAGACCAUCAUUUGAAUUUACUAAAGAUUUUAAAAUUAAAUCAAGAUCUCAAUUCUGUAGAAAUAUUAAAUUUAAUACUGAAUUGGGUUCAUUUUAA